AGAAUAGCCGUGGUCACCAAGACGUCCUCAGUCCCUCUAUUCAAAGCUGAUGGUCGACCAGAUGUCUGUCUUCACCAUUGCUGCUUUUGAGCUAUUCCCCAAAUUAGAAGCAAAGGCAGAAAGCCGUCCAGACCGUCGACGUGAACGUGACCAACUGCUUGUUUCUAGGCUAGCGCAAGGAGGUCCGACGCCUGGAACGCGGUCCCUGAUCUCUCACCACCGAAAUCCCUGCCCUCCCCUUUUCACUUCACCUUGGUCACAGUAGUCAGAGAGAAUUGGGUUCUUGACACUUCUGCUCGCCUCGUCGCUUCUGCAGCCUCAUCAUGUCGGCCCAUCAACAAGCGGGCGGCUUUUCGGCUGCUGACGCAUACAAUCAGCCACUGCAAUCGUCUAGUUUGCCUCCGCGUGAGGAGAGCCAACGCCCCUUGAGCAACCCAGCCGCGGCGUACGGCUACUCCAGAGGUGCAACAAGGGCGCAAAACGACGACGAUGACGAUGAGGACGAUGAUGAUGAUGAUGAAGACGAGGACUGGAAUGUCUACGACGACUUCAACAACGCUCGGCCGAUUCCGAGCCAGUCGCAUCAGGACUCCUUUGCCGGACAGCGGCAGUCCGGAGCUGGCUGGUCCCAGCAUCAAUUCCAGGGUGUCGGCUUGCCUGAGGGAGGAGCCCAGCCUCUGGGCACACCUUACAGCGACUAUCCUACCAAGUCUUUGUAUGGCGAUCGUGAGACGGCGGCUCCGCGCGACUCAAGACUCAUUCCGGCAUCGGCAUUUGGGUUUGAUGCCUCCAACAUGGACCCCAGGACAUCAAAGUAUAUGCGCGAUGCCAACGGCGAGAUUGUCGGAGCCGCCCCCGUCGGGGAUGAGGACGGGAGGCUUGGUGUUGGAGGCAGUGGUACAAAGGGCGCCGCGAGUGAGAGCGGCAUUGAGCUCAUCACAGUCCCGGCGCUUGGUAACGAGUACAGCGAAGAGGAAGUGAAAAGGAUGCGAAGAUCCGACAAGAGAAGAUCGAAGGCUAGGAAGAGGAAAGAAGGCGCAAGGAAGUGGGCAAGAGGAGAGAAGAAGAUCGGUGGCUGGUUGGGCCCGAGGUGCGCCGUCUUCUUCGUCUUCAUCUCCUUGGUCCUCCUCGGCAUCAUGCUUUACUUUGUCAUUCCUCGAGUGCCUACUUUCCAAAUCCAAACGACGACACCCCUGGAGGCUGUGCCGGAUGGCAAUGCGAUGCAGACGCACUCGUUCCCCACCAAUUUCAGCAUGAAUAUGAACAUUAACCUUCGCGGCAACAACAAGGGCGGCUGGGUCGCCUCAAAUGCCCACGACAUGACGAUGGAAGUGACGGACCUGACAACUGGAAAGAAGGUUGGAAAGGGUCAGAUUGACAGCAAGUCAUUCCCCGGUCGCAAAAGUACGGUCUUCCAAUUCCCAGUCAGCUUUUCCUACGCGAGUCUCAACAGCACGGGUGAUGAAACUUGGAAGCACUGGAUCAACGCCUGUGGGCCGAAGUACCAAGGUACGACGCGAGACACUCUCAAUCUGGGCUUCACCGUUAAAAUGUCGAUUCAGGGUCUCAUUGGCUCAAAGGGGCAGUCGACGCAGCUUCCGAAUCUGGAGUGCCCUUUCACCCUUCAGGCCGACCAGACAUGAUGGCCUGGCAAUCCCCAAAUGGACAUUUUCGCCCUCUCCCCUUUUCCUUAACACUUUUUCAUUACCUCCCAGUGUCUGACCACUCUAAACCUAUCCUCCUGUAGCUGUAUUGAAUCGAUUUGUGAGCUGUC